UUUUAAGCGGCGGAGACCGUCCCCUUUCGGGGGCGGGGAAAGGGCGGACUCCGGGCGUCCGGAGCGCGCAUAAAACCCCACCUCCCGCUUCAGGACUGCAGCUACAAUUGGCUCGAUGAGGCACUGGGAGAGAUGUUGAGCUGGCUGCUUCCACCCAUGGCUCUGCACACACACAGGGGCGGGUUGUGCCGGGGAGAACGGGAGGCUGGGCUCCGAGGCGGCGGAGGCGGUGGAGGAGGAGAAAGCGGCUGUGCCGCUGCUCCCGCAGCCUGCCUGCCUCCUUCGGUGACCGAGCCCCUGCUGCUGCUGGGCUGCUGCCUGCGGCCGGACGACCCGGCCGAGCGGGGGCUGCUGCUGGCGCCGGCGGGCGAGAUGAUGGCGGAGGGCGGCGGCGGCGGCGGCCAGAGGCUGAAGGCGCUCUCGCUGCUGGAGGCGGCCCGCUGCCGCUACGAGAGCCUGCAGAUCUCCGACGACGUCUUCGGCGAGUCGGGCCAGGACAGCAGCGGCGGCAACCCGUUCUACAGCACCACGGCCGAGUCGCGCUCCGCCUCCGACGAGGACGCCGACGAGGAGCGCGAAGCCCCGGACGGAGGACGCAGCCAGCGGGGAAGGACGGCGGCGAGACGCGGAGCCAAGCCAGCGGCCGAGCAGCAGCAGCAGCAAGUGCCCGGCGACUCGGAGGCGGCUUCCCCGGCUUCCCUGGAGCAGCAGCAGGAGGAAGAGGAGAAGGUGGAAGAGGAGGAGGUGGAGGAUGAGAAGAGGGGCUGGAGCCAGAGCUUGAGAAACACCGCGACCCCUUCCUUCAAGGAUAGCAGCGGCCCCACUCGCAAAAUGCCACCAACUGCCAGUGCCAUGGACUUCUUCCAACUCUUUGUCCCUGACAACUUGCUGAAGAACGUGGUCGUGCAAACCAAUAUGUAUGCCAAGAAGUACCAGGAGCGAUUUGGGAGUGAUGAUGCCUGGGUGGACGUCACCCUGACAGAAAUCAAGGCUUUCCUUGCGUACAUGAUAUCCACCAGCACUCACCAUUGCGAGUCCGUACUCAGCAUCUGGAGUAGUGGUUUCUAUAGCAACAAGAGCAUAGCACUGAUCAUGACUCAGCCGAGAUUUGAGAAGAUCCUCAAGUACUUCCAUAUUGUGGCCUUCCGUUCCAGUCAGACUACGCAUGGCCUCUACAAAAUCCAGCCCUUUCUGGACUCCCUGCAACACAGCUUUGACUCUGCCUUUAAGCCUUCCCAAACGCAGGUACUCCAUGAACCUCUGAUUGACGAAGAUCCGGUUUUCAUUGCCACCUGCACAGAGCGAGAGUUACGCAAGAGGAAAAAGCGGAAAUUCAGUCUCUGGGUACGGCAGUGCUCAUCAACUGGUUUUAUCUGCCAGAUCUAUGUCCACCUGAAAGAAGGAAGUGGCACGGAAGGCCUGGAUGCUUUGAAGAACAAAACCCAGCUCCACAGCAUGGUGGCCAAGAGCCUUUGUCAGAACGCGGCAGGGAAGAACUACAUCAUUUUUACUGGGCCCAGCAUCACCAGCUUGAAUCUCUUUGAAGAGUUUGAGAAACAAGAGAUUUAUUGUUGUGGGUUGUUAAGUGCAAGAAAAAGUGACUGCACAGGCCUGCCUCCAUCUAUGCUAAAUAACCCAGAUGCUCCUCAGUCUCGAGGACAAUAUAGGAUAAAGAUGAAAGGAAACAUGUCCUUGAUCUGCUGGUACAAUAAAGGCUACUUUCGGUUUUUGACCAACGCUUAUUCUCCAAUUCAACAAGGUGUCAUAAUUAAGAGGAAAAGUGGAGAGAUCCCUUGCCCGUUGGCAGUAGAAGCCUUUGCUGCUCAUCUUAGUUAUAUCUGCAAAUAUGAUGACAAAUACAGCAAGUAUUUCAUCUCUCAUAAACCAAACAAGACCUGGCAGCAAGUGUUCUGGUUUGCCAUCAGCAUUGCCAUAAACAACGCCUACAUCCUAUACAAAAUGUCCGACGCCUACCACGUGAAAAAGUACAGCCGGGUGCAGUUCGGCGAGAGACUUGUCAAAGAGCUACUGGGAUUGGAGGAUAUUUCACCUUGCCAUUGAUGCACCAUUCCCCGUGGCUUAGGUCAGGAGCGGGGAAGAGGAGGAGGAAGACGACGACAACUCUGGAACGCCAAAGUGAGGACCUUGCAAUCACAGCAACCAUGCUGCUCCCCCAUGUGACAAAGUGACCAGGGAAGCCAUGAACGUGGUGGUGGUGGUGGGCUUUGAUGAAGGCCCCACCAGUAUCCCUAAGGCCCUAAAGAGUGUCAUGGGCACUUAACGCAUCAGAAGCAAAUUUAAGUUAGCAGCUGUUUCUUAAUACUAUUUGUUAAACAGGGUGUUAAUUGUCACAUGAGGCCCCUUUCCCUGUCCUCUCCCAAACUGAAGUGGCUCAAUUACUGUAAAGCAUAUUCAGUUUUUUAAAAAUGUGUGAUCCGCGGUGUCCUGUGUUUGCAGAUGCUCAGCGCCUGGCGAGAGGUCACGGAGAGGUCGCUAAACAGAGAUACUGAAAAAUGUAUAAAUCUAUUUUGCAAGCCUAUGGUUAGGCAACGGCAGUGGGGACUUAGAUGACGGACGAAGAUUUUAUUUUCUUGCAAUGCUUUUGGAUUGUAGGAGGGAAUAUAAUUUAGGAGGGGGAAGAAAAAAAACAAUUUUUUAAAAUAUAAAGGAAUAGCCAGAAAUCGGUGGCUUUGCCUAUCAAAGCUAAUGUCAUUUCGCCUUAAAGUCAGUGUGAGCUUUGAGGCUAACUUCAGUGAUGCCAUAAUGCGAGAGAUUUGAUUUUAAACACAGUAUAUUCUUUUCCCAGCAUCAAAGCACACUAAUACAAAAGAUAAUCUAA